UGGUUUGAAGUUGGAGACAUGCUUCGUUGGCACGAACUUUUGGGUUUGAACCAAAAGCUUUUAUUAAUUUUAAAAGCAAAAGGCACUCAUCAUAAUUCCGGAGCAUUUUGAAAACUUGGUCUUCGGGCUUUCUUUCUCUCCCAAAGCACUUUUAUCUAUCCUUGCAGGCUUAAUCUCCUUUUUCGAAAGGAUUUUUUCACCUCUCCAUCAUCAUCAAGGCAAGAGAUCCAUUGGGUUGCUUGAGAGAGAAGAGAGAGCACCCAUCAAGAUGACUGACGAGACAGAAGAUCAAUUGAGCGAUGCGCCGCCGCUGGGUCCUGUCUUGGUGCCGAUCCACACCACAGUGCAGCGCAAAGCUUCCUUUGAUGAAUCCAACAACAACAACGGCUCGGACAGCGAGGCUGGCGAAAAUAACGAGGGCGACAAUGACAGCAAGAAAAGCAACACCAACAGUGAUGUGUAUGAACCCCAGCCAGGAGAGAAUUGGCUGCGUCUUGUCAUGAAGGCCGAGAAGGCCGAGAGCAAUGUCGCCUUGUUUGAAACUCAGGACGAGUGGUCCGGCGUAUCCAUCCCUUUUUACCAGGUCUUCCCAGCUGAUAAUCUAAAGGCUGAUGAGGUGAGGGAAUAUCCGAAUGAAGAAUACUUUGUGACAAUUGAUGUGGACAAGAGUUCUCUUGCUGGUGCUAUCCAUGUGGGCGUCAAGGACAUGAGACGCGACGGAGAUUUGGAUCAUUUACCCUUUGAAAUCUGUUUGGCGCGGCGACGACAAGACAAUGACGACAACAAUGACGAUAAGAAUGCCGCAAUAGACGAAAAGGCCAAUGACAAGCAAGACGAGAUUUGGUCUGGUUACAGCCGAUUGGAAGCCCUGCCUCGUCGCCAGCUGCGAAUCCUUCAGCCUGGGGAUCGCCUCUGUACUCGAUCACCCCCUUCACAACAAGGCAACAACGCCGAUAGUGACGAGGAAGAUUCCUUUUGGGGUGUUGGCUUGGUUCUGGAGUAUCGCCUGCAACCUGUCAAACUAGAGUGCACGGACACCACAAACGACAACAACCCCCCCAAACCUGAAGUUACAGAAAUGGAGAACUAUUCGACAUCUUUUUCGGAAGAAGAGCCUGACACCCAAGCCCCGACGCUCCAACUCAAGCUAGCACAUUCCUCCGACUCGGAAGGAGAACAAAGUGACAAUAAGAACAACAAUGACGGCAAUCUUCUGGGCACUCAACCAAGUGAAGAUGAGAAUAAAAAAGACAAUGAUGAUGAUGACAGUACAACCAUUGGCGGCGACGACAAUGAUGAUGGCAACAAAAAAGACACGACAAAAGACGUCAAGCCAAAGGAAAUCACAGUGGUCAAGCAAGACGAAACCACAAUGGAAGAUGUAUCCAAUACUCGUGGCGCUCCCAAACCCAAGAUCAAGGACGAAAAAAGCGACGACAACGAUGAGGAGCAACAGAACGAAAAGGAACCGCCUACCGCAGAGUCAGAAGCAAAGAAACCGAUAGAUACAGGCAAAGCGGAAGAGUCAGCUGGCGGGGACUCAAAGCCAAAGGAAAACAAUCAGAAUGGCAAGUGUGAUCAAACGGAGCCGACAGGGGAAGACGACGAUGACGAUGCCACGGUGGGCAUGGAAGAUGAGGUAGACGAAUCUGAUGACAAGAAGCCUCAGAAUGGAAAGGAAGAUUCGACGAAUCCCAAGAGUCCUGCAAAGGGCACAGGAGGCGGCGACGCCGUGUUGGAGACCGACAAAAAGACACCUGACGCCAAGCACGACGACAAAUCCGCAAAAGGGCCCGGAGGAAAUGACAACAAUGCCAAAACGGAGGCUUCGGGUGAUGAUUUUCCUGCAGCUGAUGAUAAGGAAGACGAGACAGAGUGCGAUGUUGAUGAGAAGGAUGCAUCGAAUGUGGAUGAUUCGAAUGCCAAACACGACAAUUUCUACUCUCGGGAGUCCCCACGCUACAGUGCCCGCAAGAAGUAUGGCUCAAAACGGCGUUCUACGUCAGUUUCAGCAUCCUCUCAAGAAGCAAAUGCGUCGAAUCGGGACAGUUCCACCGCACAGCCAAAACAGGAGAACGGAGAGGAAAAGGACCAAUGUGCUUACCCCGACAAAUCAGCCAAAAGCAGCGGCGCGAGUGAUCAGGAGGCGUCGGCAGAGCAAAAGGUAGGAGGGGAGCAGGACCAAGAUGACUCUGACGCCACCGUGGCUGACAACGGUCCCACAGCAGAGAAAGACACCACAUCUUCUAAACCAGAGCGCCCUAAUGAAGAACCGGAACAGUCGGAGCCAGCCAAGAGCACCCGACGCAGCCCACGGCAGAAGAAGAUGGAAGGCGACGAAGAGGCGCGGGUCGACGAGAGCAAAGCAGAGAAAGAGAAGGAAGAGUCGACAAAACCCGCGAGGAGCCGAAGGAGCGCAAAGCAAAAGAAUACCGAAGAGGAGCCGAUCGACGAAAGCGAUGCUGUAGAAGAGCCAAGCAAAUCCAAGAGGAGCCCGAGGAGCGCUACAAAAAAGGAACCGACAGAGGAAGAGGCCAACGUCGACGAGAGCAGCAAAGGAGACGAACCAACCAAUGCACAGAGAACCCGAAGGAGCGCAAGGCAAAAGAAAAGGGACGAGGAAGUGGAACCGAUUGAAGAUGAUCCCAAGACCGACGAGAGCGCGAAGAAGGAGCCAACUAAACCACGGAGCAGAAAGAGCACGAAGCCAAAGGAAGAAGAGUCCGAUGCCGACGCGGUGCCACAAAAAGGAGAGCCUGUCACCAAAUCAAAGAAAGGUAGAAAGAGUGCAAAGGAAGAGGAGGACGAAGAAGUCAAUUCCGACGAUGAGUCCAAGUUGAAGGCAGCGCAGGGCAAACAAAAAAAGCAAUCUCCAGCCAAAAAGACCAAAUUUUCCAAAGUGACGCUUGGCCCGAAGGUCGAUGUCGAACCUGAUGAUUGGAGCCAACCUGUGCCCCCACCGUUGCGACAUGUUACUGCUCCUUCUCCCGGGAGCUCAAGCUCAAACGAUCCAACAGCAGCCGGACGACAACGGCGGGCUUUGAAAAGAGGACAUCAUCAAGAGGGAGGAACUGACGACAACGACAACAGUACCAAAGAGCAAAAGCACGACGACCCCGAUGUGGAAGAGAAAAAGGAGGAUGCGAAGUCGACAGAGGAGCAAGAAACAACCGAUCAAGCAGGAAAAGACGGGGAAGAGAAAGAAAGUGCAGAUGGUGACGACGAACCAGCCCCAGCGAAGAGGGCACAACAGCCCAACAACGACAAUGGAGCUGAUAACGACGCAGAAGAGACACCGUCGGCAACAAAACAAGCAGCCAACGAGGACGACGCAGAAAAGCAGGACGACUCUGGCAUGAAGAGCAACGAGGAAGAGAAGACACCACCCGCCAAAGCAAACGAUGCGGUGCAGCAGGCAUCUCCUGAAACCAAGACACCAUGCCGGAAGAGUGCUCGAAAGCCGAAGCCAUCCAAAAAGGCGAAGGACGCAGAAGAAAAGAAUACGGAAGAAAAAGACGCCCCCGUCGACGAUGAUGUCCCUCCUGAAAAGGAUGCUGAAUCAAAGACACAGGGCCGAAAGAGUGCCCGAAAGCCGAAGCCAUCGAAAAAAGUACAAGAUGCAGCAGAUGAUGAGGAUGCCCCCGAUGAAACAGCUCCUCCUGAAACAAAGGCACCAGGCCGAAAGAGUGCUCGAAAGCCAAAGCCAUCCGAAAAAGUGAAAGAGCAGGAUAGCCCCUCUUCGGCUCCACCGGAGAAAAAAACGCAGGCAGCGAAGAAGAGCACCCGCAAGCGCAAAGCUUCAGUGAAAGCGGAACCAGAAGAAGAACCUGAGAAGGAAGGAAAGGAGGAAGGCAGCAAAAGCACCACCAAGAAGUGGAAACGGGGUGAGGCUUCUGAGCAGGACGAAAAGCACUUGGACGAAGCCGAGACAAAGACACCAGCAAAGGGCGCCCGAAAACGGAAGGCAACCAAAACGGAAGAGAAGAAGGAGACCAAGCGUGCGAAGGAGGACGUGAAGGACGUGAGUGUCAUGAUCACUGGCGUCUCAUUGACAAAGACCCAGCAGAACAUGCUGAAGAAGCUGGGUGGUAAGUUGAUUGAGGAUGUGAAUGAAGCACAGUGGGCUACGCAUGUUAUCGCCGGCGACCCCAGGAAUAAGAAAUCAACUUUGAAACGAACUGUGAAGCUCAUGGUGGGGAUGUGCAACAGUGCUGUAGUUGGUUUGAAUUGGUUGACUGAGUCCAUCAAAGCCAAGGAGUUUCUCCCAGCAAAGGACUUUUAUCUCACUGAUACUACGGCGGAGGCCCUCUACGGAUUCUCAAUGCAAACGAGUCUUAAGAGAGCUGAAGAGUUGCGCUGUAAUGAGAAGAAAGUCCUCUCGGGAUGGUCGGUUUUUCUGUGCCGAGGUGUUGCCAGCAACAAAAGCCCACCCGAUAAGGAAUGGAAGGUUCUUGUGGCUGCUGCAGGUGGCAGUUUCGUAUCUUCGCUUUCUCAAAAGGCUGUUUCGGACAUGGAUCUUCAACGACUGAUAAUCAUCACAAGCGAUCCAGAGGAAAAGAAGCAGAUUUCAACAAAGCCAAUACAGUCAGCCCUUGGGAAUGGGGCCAAGAAAGUCACCACAUCAGAACUUUUUACCUGCAUGAUGAACCAAAAGUUCAAUGUUGACGAUUCAUAACUUUUUGGCAUCAAGAGCCAAGUUUUAGUACAUGCAUAGUAACUGGAUUUUUAUCUAUUCUUAUGCUUCUUGGCUAGGACACAACAGCCCACUCACAUGCAUGGACAAGCAUGCCUGCCUGGAGGAGAGCCAGCUCGUGCUCAUUUCUACGUUUACAGUACAUUUGUUGGUGUCGUCAAAGAGAGACGUCCUCUCGUAUAUUUCCUUGAGGUCUAAUCUCGAUUAGCCCAACUCGGCCCUGGCUGGUCCGGAUUCCUCUUCGAACUCUCGCAGGCGCUGCCUUCCGUCUUGAAGAAUCUCUUUGUACAAGUUGGCUACUUCACGGAGCCGUAACCCGCAACGCUCAAUCUUAUUGAUCCUCAAUUCUUCGCUGAAUGCAGAUCUGAGUGCGGAAGAGUUGGCAAGUACCAGUUGUUUGUUGUCUUCCUUCGAUUGGGCCAGUCCUUCCUGGAGCCUGGUGUUUCUCUCUCGAGCACUCCUGACCUUUGGAAGCAAGGAGGCCAGCUCUUCGCUCGCCUUUUGCCAGCGCUCCUCUUGGCUGCGAACUGGCUUUACGAACAGUUUUUCGUAAUAGCUGCUGAUUGCAUUCUGUUUGUACUCGGAGAUUUUCAGCAGUUCGGCGCUUCUGCUUUGUUCAAUCUCCUCAAGGCGCCUACGGAGCUUGAGCUCGAGGGCUUUGCAUCUUCCGAGAUAACCCCGAAAGACGGCUUGAAUCAAGCCAGCCUUCUCAUUUUUCACGAGAUUCUUCGCCGAGUGUGCACCAACACAAGACAACAGCAAAAGUCCAACACGCGAAAGCGGUUGGUUUCCCGAGGCACUCUUGUUGGUAGUGGUGGUUGCAGUGGUUUGGGUCGAGCAGGAGGAUGCAUCAUAUCCGGCAGAGUAGGACGUUCGAGCCUCAUGGCUGCUCUUCAAAGACACGGUGUCCAACUCGCGAGAAAGCGAAAGCCUUUCAGAGACAGUACCACUGGGCCUUUUGGGCGAGUUCAAAGUAUUUUUCGUGAGAACUGCUGGCUGGUUGUUCUCCUUAUCUUUGACUGAAGCAUCGGGGUUUUCGAUACCCACGCGACGGCGACUUCCAGCCCUUGGCAAUGCGCAAAGCCUUCGUAGUCCCCUUGUGCUUUUGCGACUAGCAGCAGCCUUGCGUGUUUGAGUCACCUUGGACUUUCCCGACGACUUUGGAAAACCUUGUGUGUUGAAGUUGAUACGAGAACCAUCCUUCGAAACCAGGAAUCCUGGCUCCAUCUUACCGAGAACGGCGUCAGGGAGCUCCACAUUGGAAGGGGCAACAGAAGAAUGGACAGGAGGAGUCUGCAUCUUUUUGUUUCUCAAUUCUAUUGCUCGCUGGAAGACGGAUGGCGGAUGAAAUUGUGAGAGGUAGCUUGUUGGUUCUGGAGACGACUGCGUCAUCAGGCUUCUUCCUUGACUGGAUAGCUGGAUAGUGUUAGUCGGAGUGAGCUGAUGGAUAGUAAGAAUUUGUCUUUGUGGUGACCUAUUUCUAUGCCAUAAACUCUUCCCUGGAUUGCUUCGCUUUUGUACUUCAGAGUAUGAGUGGCUCUUCCCGAUUUGUUUGUUGAGCUACCGGUAGGAGUUGCCUGAUUUGUCAAUUUGUGCCAAAGAUGCAAGUUAGGCCAUCGUCCCGCGACUGCGCUGCUGAGGAGACUCAGUCCCACUGGCUCAUGAUUGGAAUGUCAAUCGAUUGAUCGUUCUCAUUUUUAUACUCCGCACCGGUACCACCAACGACAUGGCGACUCCGCUGGUUGGUUGCUAUCUCCCCAACAUUGUCGUUACCACCUCCAGGUGCAAUAGUGCUAUGUGCUUAUUUUUCGGUUGGCACGUUGGCACCAGUCGUACAGUGCUUUCAAGGAAAAGAAGCCCCAGAUCUUGGCCAAGAUCCAUCAACUCAUGAUCAACCCGCCAGCGGGUGCCGGGCAGAGGAUGAGCUACUUUUGUACUAUUACUCGAGUACGGUAGAUCAACUGGUUGCUACCGGUAGCUAACGUAGCUAGCUAGACAGUCAUCAUCCCGAAGUAAUGGUCACUACAACCUGGAUAAACAUGACCAAUGGUAUUGUUUCAGAAGAUGAUGGGUCUCUGGUCCUGUGCAUACUAGUACUCUAGCUACAUGCUCGCAGGGAGGCCCACACCGGUACCGAUACGUACGUCGUACAUUAGUGUCUACUAGUACCACAACCAUCGUCACCAAUAAUUAAUGACCGAAAGCUGGUGCAAUGAAGGCACAGUUGCCCCAAGUGAAACGUGGAUAAGCAUGGUCUUCUCCCAGUCCCCAGUCCCCAGUGCAGCCCU